AGCGCACAGGAGCUCGCAUGUCGUCUUGGGAAAACCGCUUUUGUUUUCCUUUGCAGAAAAGUCGCGGAAGCUUGUUUUAAAUCAGGGGUCUUUCCUGCACAGUAAUAUGCUGCUCUCAGACAAGUGUAUAGAUGACGGAUUUAUUUCACGCUACUUGCCAGGGACUUGAACACUUUGUGGACCGCUUGACGCGUCGCUGAGGAGACAGUUAGAGGAGCUGCUGCUGCUGCUGCAGACUGAAGGCGGAAGGAGGAGAAGGGAAUUCCGGAGGAAAGGACGGGGGGAAGAAGCGCAGCCAUGGACCUGAGAUGCUCCACAAGGAUUUCAGAGCGGAUUUGUUUUCGCAGUCGAUUCAAUUGGAAGCCGUAUGCAAAUUUGGAGGCGUUAUAGAAGUUGUUUUAAUCCCACUUUUCCUAUUAAUGCCGUAAAUAAAAACUGUUUAGUGAGUGAGAGAGACAAAAUGGCGGCGGCGUGGCCCAUCCCCCAGGCCCUGGUCAUGAUCUUACUGAGUGCUGCUGUGGGCCUGGACCCGUGUCCGUCCGCCUGUGUCUGUCCAGAAACUCCGGACGGGACUAAACUUCUGGACUGCAGUCGGAAAGCACUGUCUGACCCUCCUGUGGAAAUCCCAGCAUGGGUCUCUCAUGUGUCUCUGAAUCAUAAUGAGCUAUCAGGUGUGCCUUUUCUUGGAGAUGCUUCCGCAAACAUCACUGUUUUGUCUCUGGUUUCUAACCGGAUCUCUGAGGUGGUGGCUGAACAGCUUUUGCCUUAUUCAGUCCUGGAAAGCCUGGAUCUGAGUUCCAACUCCAUCUCCGAGCUGAAAGCUGGAUCAUUUCCUCCUAUGCAGCUCAAAUACCUGAAUCUAAGCAACAACAAAAUCAGCUCUCUAGAAGCGGAUUGCUUUAAUAACAUCAGCUCUCUGCUGGUGCUGAAGAUGAAUCGGAACCGACUAUCACUACUGCCUGCUAAAGUCUUCACUCUGGCUCAGCUUCAGAUUCUGGAGUUGAAACGCAAUAAGAUCAGAGUGGUAGACAGUUUGAUCUUUAAAGAACUGAAGGCUCUGAAGUCCCUGAAGAUGCAGAGGAACGGAAUCACAAAGCUGAUGGACGGAGCUCUUUUUGGACUUGCUGAUAUGGAAGAAUUGGAGCUGGAACACAAUAACCUAACUGAGUUAAACAAGGGGUGGCUGUACGGGCUGCACAUGCUCCGUGUACUCCGACUCAGCCACAACAACAUCGGCCUCGUCCGAGCCGAUGCCUGGGAGUUCUGCCGCCGCCUGGAAGAGCUAGAUCUGUCCUAUAAUCACUUGAGUCGUCUGGAGGAUUGGGCUUUCUCUACCCUCGGGCUGUUGCAGAGUCUAAAUCUCGGCGAGAAUCGCAUCACGCACCUGGGCGAGGGAGUUUUCAACAGCCUGGGAAAUGUCCGCACGCUAGAUAUCCGCAACAAUGACAUAUCUCUUGUUAUUGAGGACACAGUCAGUUUGUUUGCAGGCAUGAAAAAGCUCAAUACAUUGGUACUUCAGAAGAACAACAUCAGAACCAUCACAGGGAAGGCAUUUGAAAGUCUGAAGGAACUAGAACAUCUAGAUUUGAGUAAGAACCAGAUCAUCUCUAUUCACCCUGAGGCCUUCUCUCAUUUGAAACUUAAAUCUCUUGAUUUGCACACCACCGGUCUCAUCUGCGACUGCAAUCUGAAGUGGCUCAGCCAGUGGCUCGCCGAGAGCCUCUUACAGCAGUCAUGCACUGCUGUGUGCGCAUAUCCUGCACCCUUGACAAGCAGGAGUGUCUUUAGUGUCUCUCUGGAAGACUUUGUGUGUGAUGGCUUUCCUCGGCCACAGAUUAGCGGGAAUCCCAAGACGGUUGUGGCCCUGCGCAGCACCAACGUCACACUCAACUGCUCUGCCUUCAGCACUAACGACUCUCCCAUGAACGCCACAUGGAGAAAAGACAAAGAGGUCCUGUCUGAUGUACAGGUGCAAAACUAUGCCCGCUACCAGGACCAGCAGCUAAUUUACACCAGCGUGCUACAUCUUCUUAAUGUUAACUUCACUGAUGAAGGGCUCUAUCAAUGUGUAAUCUCCAGCAACUUCAGUGCCAACUACUCCACUGAGGCCAAAGUGACUGUUAACGAACUGCCCUCCUUCCUGAAGACACCCAUGGAUCUGACAAUCCGGACUGGCACCGUUGCACGGUUGGAGUGUGCGGCGGAGGGACACCCUCCCCCACAGAUUGCCUGGCAGAAAGACGGGGGCAUCAACUUCCCUGCUGCCCGUGAAAGGAGAAUGCAUGUCAUGCCCGAAGACGACACAUUUUUCAUUGCCAAUGUGAAGGCGGAGGACAUGGGCGUGUACAGCUGCACUGCUAAAAACGAGGCGGGCAGUCUGUCAGCUAAUGCCACACUCACUGUGCUGGAAACCCCAUCCUUUCAGCGCCCUCUAGAGGAUCGUACAGUAGCACGUGGCGAGACCGCCGUUCUUCAGUGCAUAGCACGUGGUAGCCCCACUCCCCGUCUGAACUGGACCAAAGACGACGGCCCAUUGCUGCUGACAGAGCGGCACUUUUUCGCAGCAGCCAAUCAGCUGCUUAUUAUCGUGGAUGCCCGGUCUGCUGAUGCAGGAAAGUACACCUGCAUUAUGUCCAAUACGCUGGGCACGGAGCGAGGACACAUCUACCUCAGUGUCUCAUCCUCUUCUAACUGCGAGCCGGGUGGCGGUGUUUACGACCCGGACGGCUGGACCACAGUGGGCAUUGUGGUGAUGGUGGUUGUGUGUUGUGUGGUGGGCACGUCACUGGUGUGGGUGAUAGUCAUCUACCACAUGAGGCGCAAGAGCGAGGACUACAGCAUCACUAAUACAGAUGAGAUGAACCUGCCAGCAGACAUCCCCAGUUACCUGUCGUCCCAGGGCACGCUGUCAGAGCCUCAGGAGGGCUACAGCAACUCUGAGGCAGGCAGUCAUCAGCAGCUCAUGCCCUCCAUGACUAAUGGCUAUGCUCAUAAAGGAACUGACGGUGUGUGUUAUGGUGACGUGGCAGGAGACUUGGACCCAGAGACUAGCGGGAUGCUUGGUAAUCGUGUUGGGUCACUGUUUGCUGGACGCAGCAGCUUCCAUCCAGGCGAGCCAAGAGAAAGUCUGUCCCAUAUGUCCAAUGGUGGCAGUGCCCCAUUGGUCAUCUGCUCGGACUGUUACGACAACGCCAAUAUCUACUCGCGGACACGGGACUAUUGCCACUACUCGUACCUAAGUGAAGAAGAAGCUCUGGAUGCCCAGCUGCCCAGAGACGCAUGCAGAGAGGGGCACCAUGAGGAUGCAGUGCUACAUGACCUGAUCACUAGGGACACUCAGGAGGCCCAACACCAUGCCUUAAACCACUAUACUAGCAAAGAUGUCCCAAGCAGAUCGUUUUGGAAUGGAGUAGAGCCUCAUUCCUCCAAGUUGCCCCCAGGCUCAGUGACUGUACACAAACCUCCAACGUGUUCCUUAUACGGGAUCGAUCAGGAGGAAAGAACAGGGGGGCUAAAGGAAGCUUCGUACAGGACUAACCCUCAGGAUCACGACCCUCCGAAUACAUAAAGCUCAGACACCACCUGGCGUUUACGCCCCGCGCAGCGUGCCCUGAAAUCCCACUACCUCUUCCAAGAAAACUCGCAUUUUGUCAUAAACAUACAAAAACUAAAAAAACAACACACAAACCCAAACUCUUUUCUGUGUUUACAUUCUGUACGCUCCCCUCAUUGGAUCCUGCUUGUGUGUGGACGUUUUUGUUUCUUGUGUACAGCUUUUUCUAGGACAUGGCGCUGAUGAUCUUCCCACUGACUCCACACAAAAGAAUCCUCUGGUUUAGGGUGAGACUCUGAAUGUAAUGUUUCUUGUAAAGAGUCUUGCUCACGCUGCCUUUUGUCUUAAUGCCCCCCCCACUGUUGGGAACACAAACUCCCUGGUGUAUACCAAAGCAUUGAGCCAGCCCUCCUUUAUGCUGCCCUGGCUCAGAAAUAUUGGUGAUCCUUGUCUUUGUAUAAAUCCUUGUACGAAUCAAUCCCUGUAUUGUUGAGCAUAAGAAGGAGGACAUCACUCAGGCAGUCGAACGCUGUCAUGGAGACAGAUAUCCAUUCUUCAGUUCUCCUUCCUGUAUGUGAAGUUGAGCAGGUGAUGGUGGCAUGUGGGGAAAAUUUUCUUUUUAUUAUUAGAGUGGAAUGUGGUUGUCCUGCUUCCUGUCUAAUAGUAUAAAAUGAAGUUAGUCUUUGUUAGAUCAUUUUAAUGCUUUUCCAAAAGCUAGACAUUCCCUCUUUAAUUUUUUUAUUUUCUUAAAUGCACUAUAUCUGUCUGACAGAAGAUGUAGAUCAUUUGCAAGGUUGACAAUCGAGCCGCAGCAGUCUCACAGCUUCCUUCAUGUGCAUGGAUUGUAAAGCUACUUUUAUUUUUAUACAAAUUCAGUGCAUUCCUGUGUUUUUGCUUUUCUCCCCUUCUUCUUGUAUUCUUAUGCAGUCCUCUAACUGUUGCUAUGGUUCUCCCCUGCAGUCAUUUCCCUUCACUAAGACUCACAAAUAAGAGCCACUCUGCUGUUAAAUAUAUGUAUGAGUACUGUAUAUGCAGUACAGAGAAUUUAGACCGUCCUCCCCUGCAUUUUAAUGCCUCUAGGCCACUAAAUGUGUGUAUCAGACACAGUUUAGUGCUCCUUCUAACUUUCAUUUGUACAACUGGCCUUGAGCGGUUGCUAGAUUGCGUAUAUCUGUAACAUAGUCUUGGGUUUUUAACAGUGUGAAACUGUUUAAAAUGGCCACUUUGUAGCAUCACUAACGUGUCAGUUAGUGACCGCAUCAGGUACAUCUGUCUCAGUGACGCCGUCAGUAUUAUCGUUCUUGCCAUGAUCACAACAGAUACUGAAGAUCUCCUGGUUGUGUGUUUUUGACUAAAACGCUGGUGCUUGUGAGUUCUCACUCAAGCUGAGUUAACUAAACUCGUUCAGUUUUUUUUUUUUUUUUUGGCUUCUUAUUCCCUACAUUGUUUAUGAUUUUGCUGUCCAAAAUCUAUAAAUGAUCUCUGAAGUAGUGGGGGAUGCUUAGAGAGUCAUUCCACCAUGAGGCUCAUUAGGCUGUAUGUAUGGACCUAAACGCAACGAUUCCUGUCUACAAUAGUAGAUUUUGUUCUGAUCGUUAGCACUUUCUGUCUAUAGUACGUAGACUUAAGUUCAUUACAGAAAAUGUCACAAUCUUUCUUUUUGCCUGUGAUUAUCCGAUUUCACCCACGCUUGGUACAAUGUUAUAAAUGCUGCACAUCCCAUAGGAGGAUCAUUUACUCCAAAGAGAGUGUGUGUGUUACUGAAUCUGAAGUAGUAAAAGAAAGAGAGACUGAGAUGAAACUGAGGUACUUUAACGUGUAAUUGUAAAACGUGUGUAUUGUAAAAUGCACUGCAGCAUUGCCUCACUACAACCAGAUACACUAUGUAUCAGUUAUGUGUUAUAUUUAUUUGAAGUAAUUAUUCUGUUGCUCAGUUUUUUUUUUUUCUUUUGAUAAUUGUUUGUGAGUUGAAAGGGUUACAAACAUUUUUGGAUAAAGUCCAAAUUUCAUGAACGUACGUAAUGUAUUACUUUUGUUUUUGCCUCUUGAUGUCCAGCUGUUUUAGGAUUUGCACAUGAUCCUUUAUUCCAGUCUGCAAAUCCUUUAGCUGUUAUCCAGUUCUGUGAACAGUAGCAGCGUGUGUGUGCUGCCAGAGGUUUAUGGUGAAGUUUCGAGGUAUUAAAAGCUGUUAAGAUCAGGCUCAAUUGCCGUAGAGAAUAUUACUGCAAUUACUCGCACACUUCUUUUUUUUUUUUUUCUCUCUCUUCUGUCAGAAACUUAAAACAAAGGCAAUUUACUGUCUUGUACAGAAGAUGUCUAAUGGUACGGUUUUACUGGGCAAUUAAAAACUUUUCUUUUUGUUAGGAGAGGUCUGAAAGUUUGCGUGAAAAGGCAUAAAUGUAAGUGAAAAAGUUGCAAUCACACAUCUUGCCAAUCUGUCUUUCUGAAUUUUUAAACCAAAGUUCAGCAUUAAUGCUUUGACAUGUUUUCAAUGCUGCUUUAAUAUAUUUUUUUCUUUCCAAUAUUGUUCCUGUACAUUCUGUAAAGCAUGUAUAAAGAACUUUUGUUUUAAUGUUGCAUAUUAAAC